AAAGCUUAACUGUCAGUGAGUGACAUGACAUCGAAGAAGUUUGACUGUUGGCUAGCUAGUGAGAGCCAAUUUUUUGAAUCGAAUGUCACGUCAGUUUAGUUAGUCAGCCAUGUUUAUUUCCUUGGAAUGUGUUUGGAAAUGGUGGUAGUGAUAAAAAAAUUAUAAUUGUGUAGAUAUUUCCAUAAUUUUCUUGUUUAAAACGGUGUAAGUGAAGUUUAAAUGUGUUAUUCGUGUAAGUGAAGUGAAACAGUUGCGAAAAUGAAUUGGGGCACAGAGCUUUGGGAUCAAUAUGAAAACUUAGCCGCCCAUACACACAAAGGAAUUGAAUUUCUGGAUAAAUAUGGAAAUUUCGUUAAGGAGAGGUGCGCGAUAGAAUUAGAAUAUGCAGGAAAGCUCAGGAGGCUUGUUAAAAAUUAUCAACCAAAAAGAAAAGAGGAGGAUGAAUACCAAUACACACCGUGCAAAGCGUUCAGACAGUUGCUCCAGGAAUUAGGCGACUUCGCGGGACAACGGGAGGUUGUCGCUGAAAAUUUACAGUCAAACGUUGUUAGAGAGUUACAUCUACUCGCCAAAGAAUUAAGAGAGGAACGAAAGCAACAUUUAAAUGAGGGUGCCAGGCAAACUGCAAUUUUAAAUGCUGCGAUUGGCGCCUUGGAGCGAGCAAGGAGAACUUACGAACGGGCCGCAAGAGAGUCGGAACGGGCGCUAGAAGCUUUCCAGAGAGCAGACGCUGAUCUCAAUUUGAGUCGAGCGGAGGUAGAAAAACAAAAAGCGAACAUGAAACUCCGGAGCCAGGCGUCCGAGGACGCCAAGCAGGAGUACACGGACCAACUGAGGAAGACCAACGAGGCGCAGCGGCAGCACUACGAGCAGCGGCUACCUCACGUCUUCAAACAGUUACAGGAUUUAGACGAGAAACGAAUAAAAAAUAUAAAGAACUUUAUGUUGAGUUCGGUCGACGUCGAAAGAAAAGUUUUCCCGAUAAUAAUGCAAUGUCUAGAAGGAAUGGAGCAAGCAGCGAAUAAUAUCAAUGAAAAAGAGGACACACAAUUAGUAAUAGAUAGGUACAAAUCAGGCUUCGUGCCACCAGAGGAUUUCCAAUUCGAACCAGCAGCGGGUGGCGACACCACGGACUCGUCUACCAACCACCAUCACCAUCAUAACCACCUGACCGCAGCUCGCGGCACCGUCUCCGGGAAUAGGAUAAAGAAACGUGGCGGCCUCCUCUCAAUAUUUAGCUCCAAUAAGAAGAUUGUCGAGGCGUGCAACUCGAUCAAGAACAACAUGUCUACGGAUGGAAAGGAGGACUAUUCAGAUUUACCACCAAAUCAAAAGAAAAAGAAACUACAGGCUAAAGUACAUGAGUUAACGAAACAGGUGGCACAAGAACAAGCUGCCAUGGAAGGAUUAAUGAAAAUGAAAGGAGUAUAUGAAACAAAUCCAACAUUAGGGGAUCCCAUGACGGUAGAAGGUCAAUUAAAUGAAUGCUGCGAUAAACUAAAGAAGCUACGUACGCAAUUGCGCAAGUUUGAAGAGUUGCUAGCGGAUGCGAACAGCCAAGUGAGCGCUACAACAUUACAUACGCUACCCGCCCGGGCCAACGGCGCACCGCCCGCACCCGCCACCAGUAUCGGAUCAAACAGCGAAUCCCUAUCGCGAUCUGCAUCCGAAUCGUCCGUGAGCACGGGCACGGGUGCGGGGGGCACGGGCGGCGGCGUGGGGAGCGGCGGCGUCACUGCGGGCGGACGUACCGCCGGCGGCUCGCCGGAGUCCGGGCUCGGCGGAGAGCUCGCUGUUGCACACGCCGACCACACCAACGGCGAUGGCGACCACGACCACGACCACGACAACGACCACGAGUCGGACUUUGACUACUACUACGAACCCGAUUUGCAACCGCUCGGGUACUGCAUGGCGCUGUAUGCAUUUGAAGCUAACGGCACAGGCUCCACGAUGCGUAUGGAGUGCGGCGAGCGGCUGCUAGUGCUGGAGACGGACGCGGGCGACGGCUGGACGCGGGUGCGGCGCCGCCACACGCGCGAGGAGGGCUUCGUGCCCACCACGUACAUCGCCACCACGCUGUACGCGGACGCGCGCGACCACUAGCCGCCAACCACGCUGCCGUGCCGCCGCAAGAUAUUUUCAACACCAAAUAGGUGGCAAACUGCAAGUGGUCGUGCAACCAGCAGCCGAUUGGUGUAACAGUGCAUUAUAGUGAGUGAAUUUCGUGGUAAGGUGCCGGCUGUGAACUCUCAGUGAGAGCCCGUGCUGUAUUAACGCAAUCAUAUUAGCGACGUUUCACUCGGAUAUUACUCGUGGCCUAUAAUAUAUAGUAACAAGUAUUUUUGCUAUAAUUUAUCGUUACGGGAAAAUUAGAAAUAUUUUUUUAUCAUGUCCUUUCUAUUAAUUGUUAAUUUGGCGUACGCCGAUCGAUUAUAUGAAAAGGAAAUCAUAAUAACAUUCCAUGUUCUUAUUUAUUGUGUAUAUUCUCGGCUAGGUGACAUACAUAUUUUCAUGUGUGCAUUAUGCCAUUAUAGUUUAAUGUUAAUGGUAAUAAUAUUAUAUAAUAUUGUGUAACUCAUCUAGAUCUUCAUUGUGCCAGCUGUUUAUUGAUUAAGAUUUUUUCGUACUUAUUAUAGUUGUUAUACUCAUGCUUAUUGUGAUUCUGCCAUAGUGUAUUUUGGAAUUAUAGCAAAAAUAGAUUAUAAAUUUAAUUAUGAAUUGUAAAAUAUGUAAACUUUAAAAUUAUUUCGAUUAUUAAAUACAAUUGACAUAUAUUACGUAAAGAAUUAAUGAACAUUGUAACCCAUAUCCCACGCAGACAUGUAUUAUAAUUGCUUAUGGAAAUUACUUAGUUUUAAUGCUAGCUAGAUAUAUUUGAUUAGCCAAUGCUAUUUUCUGAAUAUUUGCUGAAUGCAGAGAUACGGAUACGUUAUGUAUUUAUAUAUAGUGAAAGGAAGGAAUGAACGAGCGCAUUUGAUUUUAUAUAAAAAUAAAAUAUAUGAGGACAUCGUAA